AUGCUUCUCAGUAGCAUUUACAUUUUGAUUGUAGGCUUUACUAAUUGUUUCUUUUUCAAAAUUUCUUGGUCAACGUCAGACUUCAGUUUGGAGGGAGAUUACUUAUUGGGUGGCCUUUUCCCUUUACAUGAAAUUGAACAUGAAACGGCCCUAUUUUCUGCUGAGACUACCAAAUGUUUCAGGCACAUUUCCUCAAAAUCUGGAUAUCAGAUGCUGCAAGUAAUGAGGUUUGCUGUUGAAGAGAUUAAUAACUCCACCAGUCUUUUGCCUAAUGUUUCUCUGGGCUAUGAAAUCUUUGACUACUGUUCUAAUACAAAAAAUUUCAACUCAGCCUUGAGUUUCAUCUCCAAGAAUGGCUCAAUUAAACCUAAAGAGAAACAUAACAACUAUCAGCCUAAAGUGAUUGCUUUAACAGGGCCAUAUGGAAGCACAAGUAGUAUGACUAUUGCACCACUGUUUACAAUGGACCUUAUACCAAUGGUGAAUUAUGGAGCUUCUACCUCUGCGUUAAGCAAUAAACUUCAGUAUCCUUCCUUUGUAAGAACAAUGCCUAGCAACAAAGACCUGGUAGAGAUGAUUAUUCACAUCAUACAGUGGUUUGGAUGGAACUGGGUUGCCUUUAUUGGUAGUCAAGAUGAUUACAGCACAGACGGACUAAAGCAGUUUAACAAGUAUAUAAAUAAUACAGGCAUUUGUUUGGCCUAUCAAGAGGGACUAAGUCUAAAGGCAAACUACAGUCAAACGCUUAAAAAUAUUGAUAAGCUCAACAUCAAUGUCAUUGUAGUUUUUGCUUUGCCACAAUAUGCAACCAAAUUCAUCAAAGCAGCCAUAGCAAACAACAUCCAGGACAAAGUAUGGAUUGCAAGUAAUGCAUGGGCUAUGAACCAACAGAUUCCAAGAGAACCAGGAAUUGGAAAAAUUGGCACAGUUAUUGGUAUUGCAGAGAGACUCUUGUCAUUGCCUGGAUUUAAUGAAUUUAUCUAUAAAGACAGAGGAACAACUGAUGUUCGCCAUAAUGAUAGCGAUGAGACUGGCAUCCUGGGAAAGAGAAAUACUUGUAAUCAAGUUUGUGAAUACUGCUCUUUGUUGACUGCAGAGGACAUUAUAAAUGAAAAUCCUACACUCUCCUUUUCCAUCUAUUCUGCCAUAUAUACCAUAGCUCAUGCAUUACAUAGAGUUCUGCAGUGCGACAUGAAUGAAUGCCACAAAAAUACAAUGGCCAAGCCAUACAUGCUUCUGGAGGAGAUAAAGAAGUUGGAUUUUCCACUCGAUGGCCGUCAGGUGAAAUACGAUAAAAAUUAUGAUCCAACCAUCAGUUAUGCAGUUGUGCUCUGGCGCACUGAUGUGAAUCCUCCACAGUUUGAGGUGGUUGGCACAUAUGAUACACAUCCAGAAAUUACUUUUAGGAUCAACAACUCUCGUCUUCGCUGGCAUAACAAUAGUUCAGUUCCUUUCUCAAAUUGCUCUGUUGAGUGUAAGGCGGGAUAUUCAAGGCGGCAUGAAGGCUUUCAUAGUUGCUGUUUUUCAUGUGAAAAAUGUCCACCUAACAGCUAUUUAAAUUUUUCACGGGACCCCUACACCUGUUUUCCAUGUGCAGAGAGUGAAUGGUCUGAUGAGGGCAGCACGACAUGUAAGACUCGUUCUGUUGUCUAUGUACAGUUCACAGAAAUUCCCUCCAUUAUUGUUAUGAUUUCUACUGUAUUCUUGAUUUUUCUCCUUAUUGCUGUAUUUUGCAUUUUUGCCUACAAUUACGACACACCAGUGGUGAAGUCUGCUGGUGGCAGCAUGUGUUUCCUCAUGUUGACUAGUUUGAUUUUUUCUAGUGUAAGUGUGUUCUUUUUCUUUGGAAAACCCACAUUUGUAUUUUGCCUUCUGAGAAAUGUCAUAUUUACAUUUUUCUUCACUGUCUGUAUUUCGUGUUUGACUGUCCGUUCUUUUCAAAUUGUUUGUGUUUUUAAAAUGGCUGCUCAGUUCCCGAAAGUGCACAGCCUUUGGGUAAAACACAAUGGCCAGUGGCUCUUCGUUGCAUUUGCUUCUUUCAUUCAUUUAAUCUCAUGUGUGAUAUGGAUGACUGUCAAUCCUGUCAACGCCAUUGCUGACUCGUGGUCUUUUAAAGACCAAAUUCUGCUCAUCUGUGAAAGGGGGAACAAUGCAACCUUCAGCAUAGUCGUGUUUUUAAGUUGGGCUCUUGGUUUCUUGUGUCUCCUGUUUUCUUACAUGGGAAGAGAUCUGCCCAAAAGUUACAACGAGGCCAAAUCAAUAACGUUUAGUCUCAUUAUGUACUAUCUGACCUGGAUUGCAUAUUUCACAGCAUGCCUCAUUAUUAAAAGCAAAUACAUGGUAAUUUUUAAUGCAAUGGCCCAGGUAUCCAGUAUAAAUGGAAUUCUCUUCAGUUAUUUCAUACCAAAAUCUUACAUUAUAAUAUUCCAACCACAAAAAAAUACUCCUGCUUACUUUCAAACAUCUAUUCAGAAUUACACCCAAACCAUUAGUAGGACUUAG